GCAUACGUCGAAAAAGAGAUUACCGUUGUUACUGAUCAGGAGGUUGCAAAGAAUUUAAAAACAACUAAUGGACUUCCCAUGCGCAAAUGGAAGGUUUCGCUUUAUUCAAGCGAGGGUGGUGAAAAAUUUCCUCUAAAUUUUGUUGAUAAAGUAGAAUAUCUUUUGCACCCAACAUUUGAAAACCCAGAGAGAGUUGUUAGAAAGCCACCAUUUGUACUCUCAGAAAAAGGAUGGGGAGAAUUUGAUAUGAAGAUUAUACUGCACUUCAUAGAUAAAUCCAUUAAACCGUGGACCUUGGAACAUGAUCUUAAUUUCCAAAAACCCCAUUACGAAAAAUUUUUCGAUCCCAAACCGUCUUUUCUCAAAUUACUUUUCCAAGAGACAACGCCUGAUUCUCAGUCGCCUCUAAAAACAAAGCUAGGUCGUUCAAAAAGACCUAAGUCUUCCCCAUCUGUUUCUACAAAACGCCCUAAAACUGAUCUACCUGUUACCCCAACGUAUAAUAAUUCACCUGAAUCUACGAGUUCGUCAUAUUCUUCUAAUGAAUCUAUGAGCAAUAAAGAAAAUUUUCAGGUAGAUUAUAACAAGUUAGCAAAAAAUCUUUAUGAGUUAGAGGGUGAUGAUAUCUUGGAAGUAAUACAUCUUGUGAAGGAACAUCAAACGAGCGAAAUGUAUAUUAAUGAAGAAACUGAAGGCGAAUUUCACCUAGACUUGCAUACUCUUGGAGAUAACUUGUUGAGAGUCUUGUGGGAUUUUACAGAGUCAAAGCUUUCAAGGUCUACGUUUAAUUAA